GUUUACCUGUAAGCUGAGCUGCUGGUCUGUGAGAGAGUUACUGAUCAGUGGAUUCAGGAAGAACCAGCAGAGAAGAGACGCUGCUUCCAGGGAACCUCAGCAGGAACAAGAGCAAAAGGGAAACGCGAGGUGAAGAUGGCUUUAGCAAGCGGUCACUGGCUGGUGAAAGAAGUCAGGGGGGAACCUCCAAGUCCAAGACAUGGUCACGCUUUGGCUGUGGCUGGAAGCGUCGCCUUCCUGUUUGGCGGAUCAUGCAGCAUCAGCCCAGAGGUCAGCCCUGUUUACUUCUCUGACUUCCACAUGCUGACAGUUACUCCUGACGAGGUUAGCUGGGAGGAGAUCCCUCAGAGUGGAGAAGUUCCAGCUGCCAGAGAAGGACACACACUCUGCCUCGUCAAAGGGAAGCUGUUCCUGUUUGGAGGAGCCUCCCGUCCUGAAGCCUCUGAAUGUCUCCCAGGUGUCUACAGCUUUGACGUCGUGUCUCUGACCUGGGAAUGCCUCUCAACCAGCGGCGUGGCUCCCAGAGGUCUCCGCCACAGCUCUGCCGCUGCUGGAGACAACAUCUACGUCUACGGAGGCGUACUGAAGGGGGACCCUACUGAUGACCUACUGGUCUUCAACACAGUGUCUCUGACCUGGACACCGGUAAAAACCAGAGGAUCUCCUCCUCCUGCUCUAUGGGGCCAGAGCUUUGCUCAGGCUGGAGAUCAGGUCUUCAUGUUCGGAGGUUAUGGAGCAGGAGGGGAAUUCUGUAAGAACCUUUAUGUUCUUAAUACAGAGAAGCUGCAUUGGCAGAGAUGGGAGGUGAAGGGAGAUUGUCCUGCAGCCUGUACCGGACAGACAUUGACUGCACACCAUGAAAAGGACAUUUAUCUAUUUGGAGGAAAGUUCUCAAAUAAAGAUGCAACAGUGACAUCAUCCAACGAAAUCCAUAAACUCAGUAUUUCAAAGAUGAAGUGGAAGGUUCCACUGUAUGUUGGGAUUCCUCCAGCCCGGCGACAUGGCCACGCUGCCUUUAUCCUCCACAGUCAUCUCUAUAUUUUCGGAGGGAGGAAUGAGGAGCAGGAUUUUAAUGACCUGAAGGUGAUGAAGCUCAUCAACCCUUCUGAGAGACAACCAGUAAUGAAGGAGAUUCUGUCAGAGUUUGGUCUUCAGGGAGUCAGCCACAGCUUCACUCCCACAAAGGUUCCUAACGUCCGCUAUGAGCUGAAUGAUUCAGCUCCGUCCAUCCAGCCCAGAGCAGCAGCAGCAGCACAGGUGCAGGUUCGUGUCCACAGAGACUUCAGUGCAGUUCGAGAUCAGGCCAUGAAAAUGAUCCAGGCUGCCUUCACUCUGCUGGACCAGGAGUUUCAGAAACUCGAUCGAGAGAAGUUAGAACUUUCCAAAGCUGCUGCCGCUCUGCAAAGAGAGAAGGAGGCACAUGAAGCACACAGACAACAAAAACAGCAGGAGCUGAAGGAGAUGCUGGAGAAACACCGCUGGCAGAACGAGGCGUGGCUCCGAGCGAGAGCAGAGGAGAACGACCGAGAGAGGAGGGAGCUCUGCAGACUCCGAGAGGAGGUGCUGCAGGACCAGGAGAGGCUGAAGGAGGAGCAGGACAGCGUCCAGAAACGCAGCCAGCAUCUGCUGUCCAUCAUGCAGCAGUUCAAAGGGAUGUAGAAAGCAGCCAAUCAGCUGCUGACCAGUUUCCUUCUAACCUGUAACAGAUUUUAAAAGUUGGUUUACGACAAAAAUAAAGACGCAGUUUGGAGUUUAUAGGACAUAAAUAUCAGAUCUGAGAGAUAAA